AUGGCCCGCCUGCGGGAGGAGCUCAAGGAAUAUGUGGAUGCGGAGCUGCGGCGGAUGGAACAGGCUGUGGCUCCUGCUGUUCCUGAAACAUACUGGGGGGACCUGCCGAGCUCCUUCCAGGAGGUUGUGGACGCGCAGGCAACGGACCCGACCUGCCAAGAACUUGAGCCCUCCACACACCAGUCCGAUUUCCUGGCUUACUACCACCACAGACCGUCUGGUGGGCAUCUGGGCCGGAUGAAGACCUUGCUGAGGGUUUUCCAGGUGGCCUGGUGGCCGACGGUCCACAGAGACGUCUGGGGGCACGUCCGCACCUGCACUACCUGCCAGCAGGACAAGGGUCCCAAUGAGAAACCUGCAGGUCUCCUCCCGUCACCCGAUGUCAAAACCCCAGGGGAGGUGAUCGGAGUGGACUUCCUGGGCCCGUUUCCCCACAGUAAGGACCGGAACUCCAUCCUGAUGGUGGUGGUGGACUACUACAGCAGAUGGGUGGAGUUAUUCGCUGUGAGGGAUGCCAAGACUCCGAAGAAACUCACAACAGCCUACCACCCCCAGAUCAACAUGACAGAGGGGGUCGACCACACCCUGAAGACCGUGAUGGCCUCCUUCGUCAGGGACCACCACCAGGACUGGGACAAAAGGCUGCCGGAGCUCCGGUUGGCCCUCAGCACGGGGGUGCAUGAGACCACGGGUGCAACUCCAGCCAUGCUGGCUCUAGGAAGGGAGCUGAAGGGGCCUCUGGAGAGCGGGGGGCUCUCCUCGGGGGGCCGCCGGGUCCUGAGCCUCCUGGGCCUCCUGAUCCUGGCGCCCCCCCCCGGGUCCUCACACCCACAGUGUCUGGACUUCAAGCCGCCCUUCAGGCCGCCGGCGCCGCUGCAGCUCUGCGUCAUGUACCAGGACUUCGGCUGCUGCGACCAGCAGAGGGACCAGCAGCUGCUGCGCUCCUUCCAGCGGGUCAUGGACCACCCGGACGCCCCCGGGGACCCGGCGUGCGCAGGCUACGUGCUGGAGCUGCUCUGCCAGGAGUGUUCUCCCUAUGCGGCCCACCUGUUUGAUGCAGAGGACCCCAGCACCCCGGUCCGGACCGUCCCGGGUCUCUGUCCGGACUACUGCUCUGAGUUCUACCGGCGGUGCCGGUCCGCCUUGCCUCUGCUGACGGACGACCGCCACAUCUCCAGGCUGAUGGACAACCAGACAGGGGUGUGCCGCCACCUGGAGCUGGGAGACAUGGACUACUGCUAUCCUCACCUGCUCAGCAACCAGCGGCUGAACCAGAACCUGGGCCGGGUCCAGGCGGACUCGGACGGCUGUCUCCAGCUGUGUCUGGAGGAAGUGGCCAAUGGCCUGCGCAACCCUUUAGCCAUGGUUCAUGCUAAUGACGGUACGCACCGGUUCUUCGUGGCAGAGCAGGUGGGACUGGUGUGGACUUUCCUUCCUGAUCGCUCCAGGUUGGACAAACCGUUUCUGAACGUCACCAGAGCCGUGCUGACUUCCUCCUGGGAGGGGGACGAGAGAGGCUUCCUGGGACUCACCUUUCACCCCCAGUACAGAUACAACGGGAAGCUCUAUGUGUACUACUCAGUGGAGGUGGGUCUGGACGAGAGGAUCCGGAUCAGUGAGUUCCACGUGUCCCGCCACGACAUGAACGUGGUGGAUCACACCUCCGAACGAGUUAUUCUGGAAAUCGAUGAACCUGCUUCGAACCACAAUGGAGGACAGCUGCUGUUUGCAGAUGACGGUUACUUGUACAUUUUCACGGGUGACGGCGGAAUGGCCGGAGAUCCAUUUGGGAUGUACGGAAAUGCCCAGAAUAAAUCGGCUCUUCUGGGUAAAGUUCUGCGUAUCGAUGUGGACGUCGGUGAGAGGGGGGUUCCGUACCGGAUCCCUCCAGACAACCCCUUCAUCCAGGAGCGCGGCGCACGGCCUGAGGUUUAUGCUUACGGCGUCCGCAACAUGUGGAGGUGCUCGGUGGACCGCGGCGAUCCCCUGACCAAAGAGGGCAAAGGUCGCCUCUUCUGCGGGGACGUAGGCCAGAACAAGUUUGAGGAAAUCGACAUUAUCGAGAAGGGACGUAACUACGGCUGGAGAGCCAGAGAAGGCUUCUCCUGCUACGAUAAGAAGCUUUGUGCCAACAGUUCACUGGACGACGUCCUGCCGAUCUACGCGUAUUCUCAUAAGGUGGGAAAGUCAGUGACUGGCGGUUACGUGUACCGAGGCUGUGAAAAUCCAAACCUCAACGGCAUGUACAUAUUUGGAGACUUCAUGAGUGGGCGUCUGAUGAGCCUGCAGGAGGAGCGUGGGACGAGGGGGUGGAGCUACAGGGAGGUCUGCAUGGGGACGGGGAGGACCUGCACCUUUCCUGGUCUCAUCAACAACUACCAGCACUACAUCAUCUCCUUCGCAGAGGACGAAUCUGGGGAGUUGUACUUCCUGUCCACUGGGGUCCCCAGUGCCACCUCAGCUACAGGAGUGGUCUACAAAGUGGUGGAUCCCUCAAGACGCGCUCCACCCGGACACUGCCACUAUGAGCCUCUUCCUGUCAGAGUGAAGAGUAAUGUCAUCAGGUUUGUUCCUCAGGAAGUGCUCACUCUCCCUGAGCCUCACAAAGACCUCACGGAGCCGCCGCCCACAGAGCCGUACGACUGGCUGCAGGAGCUCCUCCAUCUUCUAGAAGAUCCCGGACCGGACCCGUCUGUCCACGGGGCCCCCGCCAGACCCCGGAGCUCCAGGCGGGGGGGUCGGCGGAGGAAGGGGAAACCCGGAGCGGGAGGAGAACCCGGAGCGGGAGGAGAACCGGAGCCUCAGAACGGAGCGGUGAGGCUCGCCGGGGACCAGCACGGCCGCCGCGACCGCGGACGUGUGGAGGUCUACGUUAACGGGGGAUGGGGCACCGUGUGCGACGACCUGUGGACGACCCAGAGCGCCGCGGUGGUCUGUCGGCAGCUGGGCUUCCGGUUCGCUCUGAAGGCCAGUAAGAGGUCGGAGUUCGGGGCGGCGGAACAUCUGCAGAUCCUGCUGGACGACGUCCAGUGCCACGGGACCGAGUCCAGCCUGCUGGACUGCAGACACGCCGGAGUCGGGACUCAUAACUGCGAUCACCUCGAAGACGCUGGGGUCGUCUGUGGAAACUCCAUCGUAGAUGUAUAG